AUAUCAGGUAGGUAGGUACCUAGGUAACCUUAUGUCUAUCACAACGAAUAUGUUUCUUAACUCUCAGAGCCUCUCAUGCUCCGGGCUAUGGCUAAGUACUUGGUGGGAUUUUUCAGACAGGGAACAGAUAUCUAGAAAAAGCAACAGUCUCCGCAGAUAGACCACGAUUCGAAACAUUAAGGCUGGGUUCGGUAGGUUUAGAAGAUCUCCGGAUUUGCAAUGCAAAUAUCACAGCGUCGGAUAGCUCUCUGUAUGUUGCCAAGGUUUUCGUACUAAAUGUUUUGGAUUGGGCAUUUUUCUUUUCUUCGUAGAACAAAGCGAAUAUCGAAUCAGGCCGGGGUAUCAGCUACCUAUUUUUUCUUGUCGCUAUCAAAACACAUUAUCUUCAGUCAUGAGGGCUUUCAAAUUGGUUCGAUGGGGUGAACCCGGGCAAUACGUCGAGGUACCCCGACCGACGCCCGGGCCCGGAGAUGUCCUCGUCCGCAUGAAAGCCGCCGGCCUAUGCCGCUCGGACCUAGACAUGGUAGACAGCAAGCGCGGGUCGGCGCCGUACGCCAACUCUCUCGACCCGGGGUACAUCCUCGGGCACGAGAACGCGGGCUUCGUAGAGGAAGUCGGCAGCGCGGUGACGGACCUGCGGGUCGGCGAAGCCGUGGCUGUCCACCACAUGCGGCACCGACGGCGCCGAGCAGCACUGCGAGGCGUUCAAGCGCGGCGCGAUCGGCAGGACGCGCGGGUGCGGCUUGGACGGCGGACUCUGUCUUAUACGCGCCGCUCACCGACGCCGGGGCGACGGCGUACCACGCCGUUCAGACCGUCAUCCAACGCCUGAAGCCCGGCACCAGCGCGGCGAUUAUCGGGAUCGGAGGGCUGGGCACGUACGCCGUGGAGUUCGUCAAGCUCCUGUCGUCGGCGCGCAUUUUUGCCGUCGACAAUAUCGAGGCGCGGCUACAGACCGCUAGGGAGGUAGGCGCCGACGAAGUGGUGCUUUUCACGGGCGACGGGACUCCUGCAGGCGAGCAGAUUAUAUCGCAGACAGGGGGCCGAGGGGUGGACGCUAUUGUGAACCUGGUAGGCACCGCAGAUACUCUGCGACUGUCCGCCAAGAUAUCCCGUCCGCGGGGUCGCAUUGUCCUUGUUGGAAUGCAAGGCGGUACGUUGGAGGUGGGAUGGGGUUUGCUAGCUACCAGCUGCGAGUUUGCCAUCAGCUUAGGAAGUACGAGACAGGACUUAAAGGAGGUGUGCGAAUUGGCUAGAGCUGGGAAACUCAGGAUCGACAUCGAGAGGUUUUCCUUUGACGAGUUAGGCGAGGCUUACAAUGCUUUGCGGGCUGGGACGUUAGCGGGGAGGGCGGUUGUGGUAUUUCCAUAGACAUCAAAGUUUCAUGGUAUUUAGUCUUUAUUGUAUUCCCAUUAGGUUUAUUGCAAAAGUUAUCUGACGAG